AUAGCUUACAGCCCUACCUCAGGAUUUGCCUCGUUUCGUUUCAAAAUUGAUCAAAAAUGAGUAAAUACAGCUCAAAAUAUUUGGAAGACAAGCUUAAACAAGAGCUCGAAGCCAAGUACGUGAAUGUUGUCGACGAAUCAGACGGCUGCGGUGGAAAAUUCAGCGUGAUUAUUGUGUCCGAUGCAUUCAAAGGCAAGACGUUGCUACAGAAACACAGAUUAGUCAACACGACGCUGGCCGAAGAACUAAAAGAAAUACACGCUUUCUCGCAAAAGUCAUACACGCCCGAAGAGUGGGAGAAAGUGCAGCAACAGCAGCAACAAUAAGCUGUAACCUGUUGUCGCUCGUUUGUAGUUUGGAUUUUUGCGUGUGACGAUCGGAACCAGUAUAGACGAAGCCAGCCACCGAAAACAGUCGAACAAAGAAAGUGAAAGGGAAACAACAGCCAAACGCAGUCGGAGUGGAGUUUGGAAUUGCGAAAUAAACUACGCAAAUGAACUGCUAAAUGCAUACGUUACAUAAAAAAACAAUAAAAACUUAAGCACUCGACGUAGAGACACAACAA